UUUUGGAUAUUACUAACAGUUUUUCUUUUUGUUGUCAUGUUAAGUCUUGGAAAGUUCUCAAAUAAUUUGAUGUUUCAGUAGCAGGAACAUUCUUUCACAGCUUUUGCUUUUUUGUUACACAACAACGUAUUCAAGUUUUUCACCUUUUUCUUUUGAUCUGUCUUUUUUUUUGACACGGAUUUUAUAUAUAUGUAGGUGUUGGAAAAUUGUGCAGAGAUUAUUAUUGUUGAGUUAGAAUGGACAAUUCGUCGAAUUUCGACUCAACUUCUUCUGUGGAUCAGAAUGAUCAUUCAGUCAGUGAAACUCCUGAGUAUUCGCCAUUCAGCAGAGACUCUUUCGCGUAUUGUCGGACUAAUUCGGAGGUUUCGAACUUAUCCGAGGCUGUUGAUGACAAUAGUUACGCCAGUGACCGUUCGCCUUCGCCGUGGAUGAGUGCGAAACACGGAGCUGUUCUUUCGAGAUUAGGGAUGAAGCAGAGAAAGCAUUCAUUGGAUGGUAAAUCUGAUGAUUUGGAUAUCUUGGAAUCAGAGCUUGAAAUGAUGAAGGAAAGAUUUUCUAAGCUGCUUUUGGGGGAAGAUAUGUCUGGUGGUGGUAAAGGCGUUUGCACUGCGGUUACAAUAUCGAAUUCGAUCACCAAUCUCUAUGCAACUGUAUUUGGACAAAAUUUGAAGUUGGAGCCUCUAAAGCCUGAGAAGAAAGCUAUGUGGAAAAGAGAAAUGAAUUGUCUUAUGUCUGUUUGUGAUUACAUAGUAGAAUUUGCACCAACUGCACAAUACUUGGAUGAUGGCACAAUUGUGGAGAUGAUGACGAGUAGACCGAGGUCGGAUAUUUAUAUCAACCUUCCAGCUCUACAGAAGCUUGACACAAUGCUCAUAGAAAUAUUUGAUAGUUUCCAGGAUACUGAAUUCUGGUAUGCAGAACAAGGGAGCAUAUCAGGAAACUCGAACCGCAGUUCGCGUUCGAACGCGGGCUCGUUUCGGAUCAUUGCUCAAAGAAAAGACGAGAAGUGGUGGUUGCCAGUUCCUUGCGUUCACACCGGUGGCAUCUCUGAUAAGUCGAGGAAGCAUUUGAUUGAGAAAAGAGAUUGUGCUAAUCAAAUUCAUAAAGCCGCUAUGGCAAUAAAUAGCAGUGUUCUUGCUGAGAUGGAUAUUCCUGAAACAUACAUGGCAAAUCUUCCUAAGAGCGGAAGAUCGAGUCUCGGGGACCCGAUUUAUCGGUACAUGCAUUCUACAGACAAGUUUUCACCCGGAAACCUUCUCGACUGUCUCAAAAUAAGUACCGAACACGAAGCACUUGAACUAGCAGAUAGAGUUGAAUCUUCGAUGUACACAUGGAGACGAAAAGCUUGCUUAAGCCAUUCAAAAUCAUCAUGGAACAAAGUAAAAGCUCAUAUGGCUGACACCGAUCAAAAUGACAAAAACUAUGUCUUAGCCGAAAGAGCCGAGACUUUGUUGUUUUUCUUGAAACAAAGAUAUCCUGAACUUUCACAAACUUCCUUGGACACAUGCAAGAUUCAAUACAAUCAGGAUGUAGGAAAAGCAAUACUAGAAAGCUACUCAAGAGUGUUAGAAGGAUUAGCAUUCAAUAUUGUUGCUUGGAUUGAAGAUGUUCUUUGUGCAGAUAAAUCUAUGAGGAACUAACCAUGGUGUUCUUCAACUCAACACUUUCUUUUGUAAACCAUAACUUUAGGAUAACAUAGAUAGGUAAUAGAGGUGGUUUUACAUAAGAAAGUUUUCACUUUCAUUUGAAGAAUUAUAUUUUUAUAAUCUUCUAUUUCAAAAUAAGAAAUAAUUAAGUUUUGUGAGUUUAUUUGUAAUUUGAGGAUAACUAAUUUUCAUAUCAUAACCAAUUGUUUCUAAUGA